GCUUCAGGAGGGAUUGGAGAGGUUUACCCGACUCUAUGGGGCUUCAGUCCUGCCUUGGAUCUGCAGAUGCAUUGUCUGCAGAGUACCCUUCAGUACCUAACUACUUGUGAUGACAUUCCUGAACUAAGUAUUCUUCUUGUGGGAUGUGGUGAUGGAAGACAUCUGCUCAAAACUGUCUGUCAGGCUCGCAGGUGGCCACAUCGGAAACUUCAUUUCUUUGUAAUUGAGAGUGACCUGGAGCUGCUGGCACGGCAAAUGUUGUUUUUGACUUUAGCACUGGAGAAUUCUAAACAAAUGGGUUUACAAGAAAAGUGUGAAAUGUUUCUGGAGCUUUUUGGAAAUAGUCUUAUUCGUAGUAAGACUGCUACCUACCUGCAAGAGAAAUGCAGAAUGUUUAUUAAUUGUGUCACCAAUCCAGAGUACCAGCAGAGUGUCCUGCCACAGCUGAACAUAUCCUCCAUUAAGUUCAAAGAGCGGGAUGAACUGGAAUACAUCUUUAAAUUCUGGCAGUCUCCUGAACCCAAGCUCUUUCCUAUUGAAAGGUACUGGGAUGUGAAAAAUCGUCACUGCUUGGGAAGAAGAUAUGACUCCAGAAGAGGAGCCUAUGACUGGGAUUUAAAUAUGAAGCUACAAGACCGUGGGGCUGCAGUGAUUAAUGCUAUCGAUUAUGAACGUUGGAGAGAAAAAGGAGUUGCAUUUAUCAUACGUGAAGUAAUCUAUGAUGUUCCGAAUAAAACCCUGGCUUCACAUAUGACUGUGACACAUAGAUGUGGAAAGGUACGUGCUCGAGGUUACUGGGGAGAUAUUACAACAAGUCCCUACAUAGCAUAUGGCAUAGAGACUGAAGAAAACAGCUUGCUGAAGACUACCAAUGGCGUAUAUAUGAAGACUGCUCAAGAUCUUUCAAAAUUCAACAUCACAUCAAUGUUUCAUGAGUUGGUCACUGGACAGAAAUACUCUUUACCAUUACUGAAUAAAGAUGGGGCUGAAGACCACAAUGCUUGUAAUGUACCUGCUAGUUCUGUUAAUGAAACUACUAUCCAAGAGGAAGAAGCUACUGAGCAAACUGGUGGUGGUACAGAUCGCAAAGAUUUCAGCCAAACUCCAAAUUUUGUCAAGAUUGACAAUGUUGAGGUACACUUUCUGCCCCUCAGCUGGGUCAGUGAACUUCACAGGAGAAGCAAAUUCCUUAAUCUUUUCAACCUGGUUUAUUUCUCUUGCAGCAUGGUUCAUUAUUUGAAUCCAGAAUACAAGCUGAUCACUGCAAGAAAAGCAACACUUAUUGUGGAACUUACAAAAUUCAUGUUGGAUCUGCAUGUGGACAAAGUAAAAAGCUAUGUUACCAUAGUGACCAAAGUUGCAAAGGAGGCAGGAUUCACAACUACUGGAAACAUAGACUGGAAGAGAGAUCACAUUGCUACUUUUGAACGUUUGGAGGACUGCGUAGAGGAGAAAAACGGACUAUAAAAGUAUUACGUGCAUGGUAUUGGUCUUACAUGUUGAGGUUUUUU